GGCACAAUGCAGUCAGGCAAGUACCAUUCUCCUGGCAACCACCAAACCCAGACAUGUCCAUCAGAUUGCCAGACAGAGAAGCGCGAUUCAUCACUCCAGAGAAGAUUUCUCCACUGCUCUGACACUGCAUUGCACUUGUGGCUUACCACUUGCUGUUCUUCCCAGUUGCUUCCACCUUUUGUUAUAACACCACUAACAGUUGACCGUGGAAUAUUUAAUAACAAGGAAAUUUCAUUGACUUAUUGCACAGGUGCAACCUAUCACGGUACACGCUUGAAUUCACUAAACUCCUGAGAGCAACCCAUUCUUUCACAAAUAUUUGUAGAAGCAGUCUGCAUGCCUAG